ACCCGCGGCAGGCUUGGGCUCAUUGGUCUGUCCGUCUUCCUCAGGACUUUUUCUCCUCUUGACUCCUCUCUGUUUCUUCUUCUUCCUCCUCCUCCUCAUAACCCUUUGCCCAGUUGGCUCAGAACAAUUUUUGAUUAGUUUUUGUUACUAUUUUAUUGUUCUUGGUCAGAGCUCAGGACCCAGGUGAAAUGAAGAAGGUGGUAUUGAAAUUGGAUUUACACGAUGACAGGCAAAAGCAAAAGGCCUUGAAAUCAGUCUCCAGCCUUACUGGCAUUGACUCUAUUGCUAUGGACAUGAAGGAGAGGAAAUUAACCGUGAUCGGCGACAUAGACCCGGUCGAUGUGGUAGCCAAAUUGAGAAAAGGUUGGCACACAGACAUUCUAACAGUUGGACCAGCAAAAGAAGAAAAGAAAGAUGAGAAGAAAAAAGAUGAAGGCAAGAAGGAGGAUGAUAAGAAGAAAGACCCAGUUGCCGAAGCCUACAAUCCUUACAUGCCCAAGUACUACUGUGUGCAAAGUGCAGAAGAAAACCUUAAUGCAUGUGUGAUAUGUUAAAUUAAUUUUGCCAUUUAGGGCCACUUAAUUGAGGAUGGUGAGCAUAGCAUGCAGUUUGAUCAUGUAUUGGUAAGGCAUCUGAUCUGAAUCAUGUUUUUGAACCAAUUGGAGGCCAACCAAAAGAACAGUCUGUGGUAUGUACAGUAGUACAAGGAGCUUGAGAAUAAGUGUUUGAAAAUUUCAAGCAUUUUGGUAGUGCUUGAUAUUCAUUUUGGGGGGUUUUUCAA